AAAUAGGUGGUACCAUCACAAAAACACCAGUACCUCCUCAGCUUUUAACCCAGCACCUCCUCCAGUUCUCGCAAUCAUGUCUAGAGUUUUUGUUGUCGCGGUCGCAAUCUUAGCGUCCGCUUCCUCCAAGCAACAAAAACUGAGCCCGAUUGCCGAACCCCAAGCCCAAUCCACGGUCCAGAUCGAAUUCGAAGGCGACUAUUCCGCACACGGGGGCAAAAAAUACUCCUCCAGCGCUGAGCUCACCAGCCUCGCCCACUCCUCAGCUCUCCAGGCCAAGACGGCCGUGCGCAACCAACAAACCGCCGGCUUGCAAGCCGCCCUCGGGGCCCAAACCGGCUACGCCCGCGCCGCCCUAGAGGCCGCCGCCGCCGCCCAGGUGGCUCUCGUCGCCAAGCAGGUCAUCGUCCAAAACCUCGAGAAAGACAUCGAACACGCCGCCCAACAGCUACAAGCCGAAGAGGCGCAGUAUCAGCAGUCGCUACAAGCCGCCAGUGCCGCUCAAAACGCCGCUCAGCAAGGCCAACAGCAGCUGAGCGCCGCCACCGCCGCCCUCGCAGCCGUGCAACAAGCCGUGGCGCAGACCGAGCGGGCCGCCGCCGCCGCCUCCACUGCCGCCGCCGGUCAGCAUCACAUGAUUCAAGAGGCGCAACAGCGGUUGGCCAGACUUCACGAGAAGUUGCAUGCGGCGUUGGCUGGACUGGAGGAAACCAAAAUUUCGGCUCAGAAGGCGACAGCUGCUGCUCAGGUUGCUCAGAGCAAUGCGGCGGCUUCGGCCCAGCUGGCGGUGGUCAACAGUGCGAGUAAUCAGAUUGAUGAGCAUGGUGCUCAAGAAUAUCAUCAUUGAUUGUUAAGGUGCAUCGUGUAUCAUACAUUCUGUAAAUACUCAUUUUAGACGCAAAUAUAUUGCAUGUUUUAAAAUUUGCUUCAGUUUCAUAUAAUAAUACUCGUUAAUUUGGCGUUGAAAAACUAGAUAUUUUCUCCGAUACGUCGAAAAAAAUACAGGAGUAGGUCGACGAAUAUGUUUAAGCCGAGGUAGGUAAAUAGGUAUAAACAAAAUAUAAAUCUUAACUUUAUUAUUUAAUUAUAGCAUGCAUAGAUGCUUAACUUAUCUCAAAUAACUGCGAACCAGACAUGACUUAAUUGUUUUGAAAAAAUAUUAUUCUGUUAAUCUAAAGCUUCAGAAAGAAUUGUCCAAUUGUGCAAUUGUCCUGACACAAAUAUUGAAUUUGUGAUAAGAAACCGUUACUUAUUUAGAGCAGCAUUUAACAAAUCAAACAACAUAUCCUACCCCUGCCUAAACAGGGUGUUACAAUAUACAUAUAAAAAGUAAGUACUAUACUUCAUCAUGAGCUUAAUUAUUUGUAACUUUGCUGAAAUUAAAUAGAACAUGCAUAGAUGCUUAACUUAUCUCAAAUAAAUACGUUACAAAACUGCAAACCAGACAUGAUUUAAUUGUUUAAGAAAGAUAUUAUUCUGUUAACCUAAUGCUUCAGAGAGAAGUGUGCAAUUGUGCAAUUGUGCAAUUGUUUUGGCACAAAUAUUAAAUUUGUGAUAAGAAACUGUUACUUAUUAAAACAGCGAUUAAAAAUUUUAGCAUUUAACAUACUCUACCAGUGCCUACAGUUGGUGUUACAAUAUACAUAUAAAAAGUAGGUACUAUACUUCAUCAUGAGCUUAAUUGUUUGUAACUAUCCUGAAAUUAAAUAUAAAAUCACACACGAGAAAUAUGUUAUCAUCAAAAACACAAAGUCUAACUUGGUAUUAGACGCCACCGAGUUUGAAGUUAAACUGCAACGUUAUACAGGUAUUCUAGCGCAAAAAUGGUUAUUGGAAAGCACUGAUUAUGGAAGAUUUUUUAUUAGAAACAUGGGAAAUGGAGGUGUUUUAGACACUGCAAAUGGUCCAAUUUGUGGUGCAAAGGUUAUUACCAACCACGUGAAACACAGAGGAGUUAAUCAGCUGUGGCAUAUUACCUCAGAUCACACCAUAGUGUGUUGUCAAGAUAAUUUAGCUUUGGAUGUACCUGAGUCAAAUUUUGUACCAGGAGUUGGCAUUAUCGCAUACUGGAAACAUGGAGGUAAUAAUCAGCAAUUUCGUCUUGAGUCCAGAUUCCACUAAAUUUUUGAUAUGGUUCUUAUUUAUCUUUGUCAAACAAUACAUUUAAGUGUGUGAAUAAAAACUAGUUUUGUGUUAAAAUAAAAAAGAUAUUAAUUAACAUAAGCUUAGAUUUAAUAGGUAUUGUGUAAAAUUUUUGCCGCAAAUUCACACCAAUCACCAGAUUCUAUCACCGAUGAUAUGUAAUGUAAGUGAAAUGUAACGGCUUUAAAUAAAAUAUUUCUAAGUA